ACCACGCUCCGGGCCUUCACCUGCGACGACCUGUUCCGCUUCAACAACAUUAACUUGGAUCCACUUACAGAAACUGUAUCCUUUUUUAAAAAAAGUUAAAUGAAGGCUUACUAAAAAGAAAAUAGAGAAACAAAGAAAAAAAAAUAGACCAGUACUGAAAAACUUGAAAGCCUUAGAUCAGGAAACAUCAUAAGAAACAUUGAAAACAAUUUAAAUAAACUGGGAAGAAGAUCUGUCUUAAACCUGCCUAACAAGCUGCUAAUAUAGUGACCUCAUAAAUGUGUAACAAUACAGCUACCUGCCCAGCUUCCCCUCGGUAGUAUGGGUGUACACAACAGAAAGUAGCGAGUUCAGCAAGAUGUGUUAUUUUUGUGUGUUGUGAAUGAAGUCUGGAAAUGACGAGCAGUCCAGGGCAGGUGGUUGUUUCAUGUAGUCUCCAGACACCAGGUUCUGCACUUGAACCACUCUGCCAUUCCCAAGGUGGCCUUGGCCUUCCUAUCCCAUGGCUGCCAAAGCAAACAGCAUCACAUCCAUGUUCCUGGCAGGAGGAUCAACAGAAGGGAAGGAUUUUAAAAAGUUUGAGAAAGUGGAAACCACCCAGACAUCCACUAUCAAGAGAUAAUAUAUUUAAAUUGUCUUUUCACACAGUGGAGUACUAUACAGCAGUAAAAACUAAUGUUAUGGGUAAAGCAGAAGGCUCAGUUGCUAGGGAAGAAUGGCAUGGGCAUGUCACAGCUCUGUCUGUUGCCCCAGAAUUUCGACGCCUUGGUUUGGCUGCUAAACUUAUGGAGUUAUUAGAGGAAAUUUCAGAAAGAAAAGGUGGAUUUUUUGUUGAUCUCUUUGUAAGAGUAUCUAACCAAGUUGCAGUCAACAUGUACAAGCAGUUGGGCUACAGUGUGUACAGGACGGUCAUAGAGUACUAUUCAGCCAGCAACGGGGAGCCCGACGAGGAUGCUUAUGAUAUGAGGAAAGCACUUUCCAGGGACACGGAGAAGAAAUCCAUCAUACCAUUACCUCAUCCUGUGAGACCUGAAGACAUUGAAUAACCAUGAGCAGUGGUUCUUAGGUUGAUGCUCCAGAUAUUUUAUGGACAAUAUUAUUUUCAUUGGAUGACAUUAGAGUUCUGUUUGAGAAAAGUACUCAUUUAGACCUUAAAGACUUCAAGAAAAUAUUUUAAAUUCUUUGUUUCCAGGUAGCACCAUCAUACCUAUUAAAGCUGUCCACUGUAAUAAAAUUCAAUCAGAAAGGCAGCUAAGUCAGAUGGAAACAUUCUACUAUCAUAGUUUAUAAUAUUCACUAUAUGCUAGGAGGAAAAAAGCCCCAAUCUCCUCCUAAAUUCUAUGCCUGAGAACCACUGCUGCAUAUAUAUAAAUUUUUUUAAAUUUUGUAUUGAACUAUUGAUUGAAGCUUUAAAACCAUAUAUGAAAUAUUAAAUCUAAGAUGUAUAAUAAAGUACACUGUUGACUCUAUAAAUGUUUUUUGGAAGUUGAUAAAACUAAAGAUUGAGAAAGCAUCAUUUAGGAUAUGAUGCUUCUCUUAUUUAUAUAUAAAACCUUUUAAAAAUGCAUACUUGAAAGUGUCCCUGACCAGCACACUUAAGCUUCCUUAUUUCAAAAUAAAUUCUUCCCAGUUACUUGUUUUAA